GUUCCUCUUUGUUGAAGCCACAAGUGACUUUGACUGAGAUUUGGAAAAUGCAAUAUGAGAGACUGUGAAGACACCACUGAAUGAGAAAGAUGAGAAAGUUGCUUGUUCUGUGUAUAUGCAGCUUUCUCAGAAGAUGACAAUGGGAAGUAGAGAAAAAGCAAGUGAUGGGAAACCACGGUUAAGCAAAAGACAAAGUAAUUUCUGAAAAUGGAACCACAGUGAAUGAGAAAAAUGAGAGCUUCAUUGCAGUGUUUACUGCUUGUGUGCCUUUUUCUACCUGCAACUUUCUCAGAAGAUGACAAGUCAUACAAUACAUGUCAAAAAUGUAUUCCCCACAACUACUGUAACUGCUCUUCAAUGAAGUUAGAGAAUAUUCCACUUGUGUCUGAAAAGGUGCUUACAUUUGAUUUGUCUUUCAAUAACAUUUCAGAGAUCAAUAACACAGAUUUCAUCAUAUAUAGAGAUCUUGAAAGACUUCUGUUGCAAUCAAAUCAGAUCCAAUCUAUCACUGAUCAUGCUUUCCAGUUCAACACAGAAGUGGAGUAUCUUGACUUGUCUGAUAAUCUGUUAACAGAAGUGACAUUGAAUUGGUUUAAGCAAUUUUACAAAUUGCAUUAUCUUAACCUUUCAGGGAAUAGGUACACAACUCUGGGAUCGCAAAGAAUCUUCUCAAGUCUCUCAAGACUCCAAUGGUUAGAAUUUGGCAAUCCUUUCCUAUCCCAUCUAGCCAAAGAUGACUUUGUGGGUAUUACACAUCUGGAUAAGUUUGUUUUAACAGCAAAUAAUUUGGUUUCAUAUCAACAAGGAAUUUUCAGUUAUUUCAGGAACAUAAGCCAUGCUGUUUUAAGUUUACAUAACAUAUUUCUGAAUAAGACAGGCCAAGCUCGGCAGAUUCUUGUAGAUUUGUCAGGAUGCACCACCCACUUAGAGCUGAGAGAUUUAACAUUUCCUGACAAUGGUGACAGUCAGCUGUUUUCUGUUCCAUGCAAUUCGUCAUUCAGGAAAUUCACUUUCAAAAACACUUUUCUUACUGAUGAAACUGUAUUUAACUUUAUAAAAUGGAUAAAAAACACAAAAAUAUCAGAAAUAGUUGUGAAGGACUGUGUGCUUUCAGGAACUGGGAAAUGGCCCAAGAUAGACGAUGCAAAAAGCAAUUCAUUUCAUUCAUUAACGUUGAAUAAUAUAUCAAUUAAACACUUUUAUCAGUUUUAUGAUCUUUCAGGUAUUAGUCCAGUAUUGCAAUCCAUUAAAAGAGCUACAUUGACAAAACUAAAUAUAUUUAUGGUGCCUUGUCAUGUAUCCACAAAUUUUAAAAGUGCAGAGUAUCUUGAUUUAACACAGAAUUUGCUGAAUGACAGAAUAAUGCAAGAAAUGGCUUGUUCUGGAGCUUAUCCAAUGCUACGUUACCUUAUUCUGAGAAAGAACAUAUUAAGAUCCCUCAGUUCGACAAGUGCAAAACUAUCGACACUUUCAACCCUUACCCAUUUGGAUUUGAGCCAAAAUAGCUUCAGUGAAAACGGUGCAACAUGUAAGUGGCCAAAAAAUCUGCAAUUUUUGAAUCUUUCAAGUUGUAAUAUACAAAGCAUAUCACAGUGUCUCCCCCCAACUGUUGAGAUAUUAGAUUUAAGUAACAAUGACAUCAGCAGUUUUGUAGCUGGUCUGCCUUCUCUCAAGACUCUAGAUGUGUCCAAUAAUAAAUUUAAAAGCUUACCAGUCAAUAGCAAUUUACCAAAGAUGAGGCUUCUGAAGAUCAGUAGCAAUAAACUCACCUCGCUGACAAGCGAAGCACUGAUGGUGUUUAUUGAGCUGGAAUCUUUGGAGGCUGGAAAAAAUAAUUAUAUUUGUUCAUGUGAAUUCCUCCUUUUUAUGAAUCAAUACAAAAGAGUACAACUGUUGGACAAACCACAGAAUUAUGUAUGUGAUUCCCCUCUAACUCACAGGGGACAGCUGGUGCAAAAUACUAAACGUUCCUUCUUUGAUUGUCAUAUGACAUGGUCUAUAAUCAUAGUAUGCCUGAGUGUGUCUUUGGCAACAACAAUGGCUGGGAUGGCAUGCUACAAAUAUCAUGGAAUCUGGUACCUUCAAAUGACCUGGGCAUGGCUACGAGCAAAGAGGAAACCAAAAAAAGUGAUGAGCAAUGAUAUUUGUUACGAUGCAUUUGUUUCCUACAGCGACAUGGACUCGGACUGGGUGGAAAACUCCCUGGUGAGAGAGUUAGAAAGUGUUAACCCGCCACUGGCACUCUGCCUUCAUAAACGUGAUUUCAUUCCAGGGAAGUGGAUCAUUGACAACAUCAUUGAAUCCAUUGAGAAAAGCAGAAAAACAUUGUUCCUUUUAUCUCAACAUUUUGUCCAGAGUGAGUGGUGCAAGUAUGAGCUUGACUAUACUCACUUUCGUCUAUUUGAAGAAAACAAUGACUCUGCCAUACUUGUUUUGCUGGAGAAAAUCCCAAAGGAGACCAUUCCUCAGAGAUUCUGCAAGCUUCGGAAACUGAUGAAUACAAAGACUUAUUUAGAAUGGUCUCAGGAUGAAGAGGAACAGCAAAUUUUCUGGUUUAAUUUAAAAGUUGCAUUAAAAGGAGAUGAUAAUGUAAAUGAAUCUAUUAAUCUAUAAUAAACAGCCUGCCCUGAGGGCCACAUCACCCUCCUUGAAAAUCCCAGUUGCCUUUAUUGGCCUUAACCUUCCAAACCCUUCCUUCACAAAAUUUCCCUUACAUGUUAAAAAAAUACUCACCUCAAAUAUGUCCUCUCACAGUUCAUUCCAUGUGAAGAAGUUAGCUCUCAGACCUCUUUUAAAUCUCUCCCUCUGAUCCUGUAUCUUUACCCUCUACCUUUGGGCUCCCCAACCCUGAGGUAAAGACUAUGGCUAUCAUUAUAGCCAUUAAAUUAUUGUUCCUCGUAAUUUAAUAAAAUUUUACAAGAUCACCUCUCAGUCUUCUGCACUACCAGAAAUAAAGAUGUAA